AUGCAGGCCGAUCUUAGUCCCGCGGGGGUUGCACCCGACGGUGAGCAGGCCGGCGGUCGCGGAUUCAGCUCGUGGUGGCUACACGACCCCACGUUCGUCGACGCGCGCCCCACGCCGCCACCUCGACGGCGACGGGGAGCCGUGCUGCCCGGAUGGUGGGUGGCGCUGCCGCACGGCCAGGGUGACGAUGACGACGACCCGCAUGGUGCGGCCGAGGGGGGGUCGGCGCAGUUCGGAGGGGGAACGGCGGGGUACGAAUUGGCGCACGCGCUGCCGGAGUGGUGGAUUCACGACGGCGACGAGGACGGCGCCGCCAAUUCCAGCGGCAGGGACGACGGUGACGCCGUGGAGGGCGGCGGGUGCGAAGAGAGCGGCAGGCUGGACGAGGGGUCGGGGGAGUUCGUGGAGUGGGAGGCGCGGGCAGACGGCGGUGCUCGCGCGGUGGAUAAUCUGGAGCGACGGGCGGACGGGAGGGGGGCCAUGGUGGUCGAGGAGGCGGAGCAAGAGAACGGCAGCAACGCGGUCGUCGCUUGCGGUGAGGCGAGGGAAGCGGCGGCGUUCCCGUCGUGGCACGAUAAAGGCAGUGCGGGUGGGGAUGGCGGUCAGGCAAGGCACGCAGGGGGAUGGGGGCAGCAGUUCCAGCAACAGGACGUGGUGAUGGCGCGCGGCGAUCGGGAGGUGCCUUGCGCGCGGGUCCCGGACAUGCACGCACGCGCGCUGAACUCCGCCCAGGAGCAGUGGGGCGGAGGAACGUUGAGGGGAUGGCGGGAGGUGGAACAGGGGGUAGGGGCAGGGAUGGAGAGGCGACAGGAGCAGGAGACAGGGAGAGAGCAGGCGAUAGAUAGACAGGGGGUGCGUACGAUGGAGGGUGAAGGAGGAGGGCACUGGUGGAAGCGACAACGACAGCAAGGGCAGGCACGUGGCGUGGAAGAUGAGCUCGCGCCGCGCAACCAGCGGUGGCAGCAGCAGCAGGACGGCGAGAGAGAUCAGCGGCAGCAGCAGGCGAUGCGAUUGAGCGAGCAAAGGGGAAGGUUGAGAAGCUGCGUGGUGGAAGAGGAGCAGGCAGAGCGGCAGGGUGUUGAGGAUGGCGGCACAGUGCACAAUGGGGGCAGUAACAACGUGUUGCUGCCGUCCUGGUGGGUGUCCAUGCCGCCACACCAAGACGACUCCACGUGA